CAGACGAGGUGUCACUCCUCAUGUUCCACUCUUCCCCUCCGCCCUCUAUCAGUCAGCUGCAGCAGACGCUUUUUCGCCGUGCUCUAAUGCUGCCGAUUCAACCAAGACAGAGAAACAAAUAAAUACAAAGCUGCACAUCAUUAGCACAGAUCACACACAAGUAAUAAAGGUCACUAAGGGGCAUGAGAGGCUUGUCAUAGGCCAACGCUGUUGUGAGCUGGACCCAGCGCUGUUGACGGGGACAUGGGCCUCUUCCUCAGGGCUUCCAGCACGCUCAACACAACAGAACACCACCUGGGUGACCGAUACACACACACGACGACGACGACGGUGGCAGCAGCAUUCAAAGGGACCUCGUGGGCUUCAGCCUUCUCUCUGGCGCCACGCCACUGCAGGCUUAGCACCCAGCAGAAGCACAGCUGGUCUCCAGUUCUUGGUGUAGACACUCCAGGUAGCCUUCUCUAAUGAGGAUGUCUGAAACUGUCACUGUAAAAGAGACUAGUGACACUAUGAGAGGCCUGGAGACAGAGGAGAACCACGCCACACCAGCUGCCACCUAUGUCAGCCCAACCAAGAAUGACAGCAGAGAGCAACAGGCCGAACCACAGGCCAACACUCAACAGCUACCACCACAGCCCCCCCCCCAAGUACAGCUCACACCCAAGCCUGAAAUACAGCCACCACCCCAAGUUCAACUUUCGCCCCAACCCAACAGAGAUGCCAGCUGCUGCCAAGACAAGACUGAAACUCAGUCUAACUCAAAGUUAAAGUUAGUUCGGAGCCUGGCUGUUUGUGAAGAGUCCUCUCCUCCCCCUAUUCCCACUGAUCUGCUUCGAGAACAUCAGGAUGACAUUCAGAUCCAGCUCAACCAGUCAUUUGACAAAGAGCAGCUGCCAACACAGACCAAAAAUGAAGAAGACAAGGACAAAAGCAGUGACAAGCUGGAGAAACCAGAGAAAAUGCCAAGGAAAAUGUUAUCCCGAGAUUCCAGUCAGGAAUACACUGACUCCACUGGGAUUGAUCUUCAUGAGUUCCUAGUAAACACGCUGAAAAACAACCCCAGGGACAGAAUGAUGCUGCUGAAGCUGGAACAGGACAUCCUCGACUUUAUCAGUAAUAAUGAAAGCCAGAAGAGGAAGUUUCCCCCAAUGACCUCCUACCACAGAAUGCUGCUGCACAGAGUCGCUGCCUACUUUGGCCUAGACCAUAAUGUUGAUCAAACCGGGAAAUCUGUAAUCAUCAACAAAACUAGCAAUACAAGAAUACCUGAUCAGAAGUUUUCAGAGCACAUCAAAGAUGACAAGACUGAUGACUUCCAAAAGCGGUACAUUCUCAAAAGGGACAACUCUAGCUCAGACAAAGACGACAACAUGAUGCGGAUGCGGCUGAAGGAUGAUAGAAGGAGCAAGUCAAUAGAGGAACGAGAGGAGGAGUACCAGCGGGCCAGAGACAGGAUAUUUGCUCAAGAUGGUCCCGAUGGCUUUGCUCUUGAAAAAAGGAUACAAGAAGAUGAUGUCUGCAACAGCACACAACAAAGGCGGCAAAUAUUUAGGUUAAAAGAUGGACGCUCAGCUAACAGCCGCCAGAGCAGUUCUGAGAAUGAACCAAAGUACUCGGACCCUCGACCAUGGAGCAGCACCGACUCAGACAGCUCUAACCGAAACUUGAGGCCAGCCAUGACUAAGGCCAGCAGCUUCAGUGGCAUCUCCGUCCUCAUCAGAGGAGACAGCUCAAGCAGCAGCAAGAGCAUGGGCCGGCUCUCUAAGACUGGUUCAGAGUCAUCUAGUAGCGUAGGUUCCUCUACGGGUUCGCUCUCUCGCUCCCAGCCACCCCUCCCCGUUCCGGCGCUAACCCAGGCAGGCCAUGCUGCGCCACCCGUGGCCUACCCAGCCGUCUGCACUAGUAGUUCUGUGUCUUAUGAGGUGGGCAGGAGUGGCCCGGCGCUGCAGCCACCACCCCCACUGCCUCCACCACCGCCAACAUCCACGACUAACACUAGCUACUAUUUGCUUCCACUGGAAGCCACAGGGAUACCACCAGGGAGUAUCCUGGUCAACCCACACACAGGCCAGCCUUUUGUGAACCCAGACGGCAGUGCGGUGGUGUAUAACCCCAGUUUGGCUCCCCAGCAGGGCAGGACCCAGCAGCCCCUGCCCCCACCACCACCGCCGCCACCGCCACCGCCCCCACCUGGAACCCACCAGCAUCAGUCAACCAACCACGUCCUCCCUCAGCCGGCCCGGCCCCUCCAGCCCUCCACUCAGCCUGUCCAGUACCCAAUGGUCUCUUAUCUACCGCAGCUCCUCUCCGUCUCCCCUAACCAACAAUACACUGUGCAAGACAACCUGGGAGCCCAGUUCAGCCACAUGAGCCUAGGUCGGCAGACCUCUGGUGAGAGCCGGGAUUCCCAUACUGCCAUGUACCCCUCCUCAGUUGUGCUCCAGGCCCCCCCACAUCAGGCUGGCUACAUGGUGCCUCCACCAGGUCAGCCUGUACCUGCCCCAGCCUAUUCCACCCCUGCUCCACCUCCUGUCAACCAGACGGUCAUGCAGCAGCAGGGCUACAUGCAACAACCCAUGCAGCAGAUGCCAGCUUGUUACUGUGCGCCAGGCCAGUACCCCCUCUCCAACCAGCAGUACCGAGCAGUGGGUACGGUACAGUACAGCGCCCCACAGAGCCAGCCUCUACCCCCUCCCACACAGCAGACAGGUUACCAAACUGUGAUGCCAAAUCAACCACAGAGCUUUCAGAGUAUGAUAGGAGUUCAACAGCCACAAAGUCAAAACUUAGUCAGUGGCCAGCAUAGCAAUAUGGGAAAUCAGAUGCAAGGCAUGAUGGUCCAAUAUCCCUCCAUGCCAUCUUAUCAGGUAUCCAUGCCCCAAGGGUCGCAGGGUGUACCGCAGCAGACAUAUCAGCAGCCAAUCCUCAUCCCUAGCCAGUCUAACCAGGGGCCCAUGCCAGCCUCCAGUGUCCAGGUUUACUACAGUGUUAUCACACCUAACCAACAGAACUCUAUGAGCUCGUCGGUGGGGUUCCUUCCCCCUCCUGGGUCAGAGCAGAUGCAGUUCCCGCGGCCGUCCUCCCCCUGUAGUUCCCAGCAGAUUCCUGCACAGCAGUGCUCAGGUGUUCCCCCUCCACCAGGUAGCGGUAUGGUGAUGAUGCAGCUGACUUUGCCCCCCAGCCAGCAGCCACGGCCACACUCCCCCCCACAGUGGAAACACAACAAGUACUACAGCCUGGACCACCAGAGAGGGCCCAAGUCCACAGAGCUUUCCACCAUAGACACCUCACAGAGCAGUCCUCAGCUUGGCAGCACAUCCACCUCCCCAGCCCAGUCUCCCACACCUACUCACCUGACCAAUGUGAAGAACAUCCGUCCAGGCCUGGCAUCUGCUCCAAUCAUGCCACAGUUCUCCCGAUCCUUUGUGCCAGGGCAAGGAGAUUCGCGGUACCCCCUGCUCGGACAGCCGCUGCAGUAUAACCCCCAGAUCCGUCCCCCUCUCCUCCACGCACCCCCGAUGGUUCCCAGUCACCAGGUACCCAUGGGUAUGAGGCAUGGUGGCGGCCGAGGGAGAAAACAGACCAGGAAAGCUUUGUCUACAGAUCUCAGUGUAGGUGAAGCAGUGAGUGGGCGGGUCCUGGAGGUGACUGAGCCGCCACAAAAGACCAGUUUCCAUCUGAGUGUGGAAGAGUCCGUGCCAGGUCAUCUCUCAAGGGUCGGGGCCAGCACCCACCAGAUCCCUGGACAACACCAUCACCUGGAAUGUCAGCCAGGGGCCAGUGACAACCACCGCUGCCAUGCCAAACCUACUUUCCUGGUCCCUGCUGACCUUACCUCCACCUACGCGCUCCAGUCCCUCAUCCCCACCAGACAGCCCACAGCCCAACAGGCCCCACCACCACCGAACCAGCCGCCAUGCCUCCUUCAGACUGCAUACAAGCAAAGGUCUCAGCCGGCCCCCAAGUCUGGAGAGGGCCAGCUCCCAACAGGGGGCAGUGUAGUUGCAUUAGAUGCAACAGCCAAGGACGUCUGGCUACAGCCGUAUCCUCCUCCUCCUCCCCCCCCUUGCCUCCCCACUACCACCAGCGCCUCCACUCAGCUCCUGAUGCCAUCCCUCCCCAGCCCCUCCCUCCCUCCUGUCGCAUUCUAAGUUAAUUUGAUGUAGAAAGGUGGUUUUUACACUUGAUUUGUAGAGACUCUUGGGGAAUAUUUUUUGUCUUUGUGAAUUCUAGCAAAUUCAAGGAACAAACAGUAACCAUAACUUAUACCACAGUAACAUCCCAAAACAAAACAUGAAUUUCCAAAUGACCACCUGUCUGCUGUCAGUCAAGAAACAGUUGGAACAUAUCAAAGGGCAGAUGUGUUUUUCCCCCUUUUAAAUUUUUUGUUUGUUUGUUUGUUUGUUUUUUAGUUGUGAAAUUUUGAGUUUGAUCCCAAGCUCAGUUUACUUGCUGGGCUUUAGUGGAGUGUCCACUCUCUCUCAGCUGAACUUCACCUAAGCCCCUCCUCCAACCCCAACCUCGGCCCCCCCAAGGGGCAUCUUAGUACAGCCCACCCACCAGCCACUUGCCCCAUAUUGUGGUCAGAACAUCAUGGAGUCCCUCUUUGCUACACAGUGGGUCUCUUGUUGUGCCUUCUAUCCAGAGUCUACUGCUUUAGUCUCCAACAAACACAAAAUGAAGACAGUGCAGUUUCUAACUUGUAUGGAAAAGACCCACUUAUUGUAAAUAAUUUAUAUAAUAGCUUAAAAAAAAAAAUCAAAUCAAUUCUCUUUUCACAGUGAACAGUAUGUGUUGGUCACAGGCACAGAUAUGAAUGACAAAGGCUUUUUUGUUUUGACAUCCCUGGUUUUAAUUUAAAAAGGUUGAGUCUAAUUAAAAAAAAAAAAAAAAAAAAAAAAAAAAAACACUCCUCCACC